AUGGCUCAAGUUCAGGUUCAAGUUGUAUCAUCCUACUUGUUCCUACCUCUAUGUUCAAUUGAAAACACAAACAACUUUCCUGCCACGCUGGCCGCCUACCCCGCGGAGCCUCCCGCGGCCGGCGAGGACUACCCCAGCCGCCACGCCGAGUUCGCCUUCUACCCGGGGUACCCGGCGCCCUACCAGCCGAUGGCCAGUUACCUAGAUGUGUCCGUGGUGCAGACGCUGGGCGCCCCCGGGGAGCCGCGCCACGACGCCCUGCUGCCUGUGGACAGUUACCAGCCCUGGGCCCUCCCCGGGGGCUGGAACAGCCAGAUGUGUUGCCAGGGCGAACAGAACCCACCGGGGUCCUUCUGGAAGACGGCGUUUGCAGACUCAAGCGCUCAGCACCCUCCGGAAGGCUGCACCUUCCACCGAGCCCGCAAGAAGCGCAUUCCCUACAGCAAGGGGCAGUUGCGGGAGCUGGAGCGAGAGUACUCAGCUAACAAGUUCAUCACCAAGGACAAGAGGCGCAAGAUCUCGGUGGCCACCAGCCUCUCAGAGCGCCAGAUCACCAUAUGGUUUCAGAAUCGCAGGGUCAAGGAGAAGAAGGUCCUUGCCAAGGUCAAGACCAAUGCUACUGUGUGA